AUGAGCACAGAUGAAGCUGUGCACCUGUGCUACGAGAAUCUAAAUGGGUCCUGUGUCAAAACUUCCUACUCCUCUUUGCCCAGGGUCAUUCUGUACAUGGUCUUUGGCUCUGGGACUGUGUUAACCGUGUUUGGAAACCUCCUGGUGAUGAUUUCGAUUCUUCAUUUCAAGCAGCUGCACUCGCCAGCCAAUUUCUUGAUCGCGUCCCUGGCCUGCGCUGACUUCUUGGUGGGAGUGACCGUGAUGCCCGUCAGCACAGUGAGGUCUGUGGAGAGCUGCUGGUACUUCGGGGAGAGCUACUGUAAAUUUCACUCAAGUUUUGAAGGAUCAUUCUGCUAUGCAUCUAUCUACCACUUGUGUUUUAUUUCUGUGGAUAGAUACAUUGCUGUCACUGACCCGCUGAUCUACCCAACCAGGUUCACCACGUCCGUUUGGGGCUCCUGCAUUGUCUUCUCCCGGCUUUUCUCAGUUACUUUCAGUUUCCCACUUCUUUACUCCGGCGCAAAUGAAGCUGGCUUGGAGGACCUAGUCAGUGCUCUCUCCUGUGUGGGCGGCUGUCAAGUGGCAGUAAAUUCAAAGUGGGUGUUUGUGAGUUUUGCUCCAUUUUUCAUCCCUACACUUGUGAUGAUAGUUGUUUACUCCAAGAUUUUUCUCACAGCUAAGCAACAGUCUAGGAAAAUUGAAAGUCUGGGCAAUAAGGCUGAGAAAUCGUCAGAUAGCUACAAAGACAGAGUCGCCAAGAGGGAGAGAAAGGCAGCUAGAACCCUGGGGAUUGCAGUGGUAGCAUUUCUGAUUUCAUGGCUACCCUACUUCAUUGAUUCAAUAAUCGAUGCCUUCGUAGGGUUCAUCACGCCCACAUACAUUUAUGAAAUAUUGGUUUGGUUUGCUUACUACAACUCAGCGAUGAACCCCUUGAUCUAUGCUUUCUUUUAUCCUUGGUUUCGAAAAACCAUCAAAUUAAUCAUCACUGGCAAAGUCAUGAGAGAGAAUUCUUCAGCAAUACGUUUAUUUUCUGAUUAA